GUCAGGACGAAGCUCCUGUAGUGGAGAAUUCCCGAAAGUACUUUUGCUCCGUGGAUUUCUUAAAUUGUAGUUUUUCAAUUUUUAGUUCGCUCAAAAUGAGAACUGUGCUUGUAAUUUGUAUAAUGGCUUUGGCUGCAUUUUGCGGCGAGGCAGGGGCUUCACGAUGCCACGAAUGCGUCGGCAAGGGUUGUCACAUGGAAAGGCUAGCGGAGAGAAAAUGCCCGGUGAACUCACAGGGAUGCAUUACCAUUUAUUCCAAGAAGGAUAAAAAGGAAGAAAAUAUUCUGCUGAAGAACUGCUCGCAGCCUUGGAUCAGUUGGCGCGAUGCGUGUCAGAUGGUUUCCAGCAUCGAUCAGUUGCUUCCAAUCAACGUGACAGUGCCCAGCCGCUUUCCCGACGACGGCACUCGAGGUCCCGACUCCACGACGUCGCACAGCACUUUUCCCGACGGCGAAGGCGGCAUAAGGAGACGCCAGCAAAUUGACGGCUAUGUUUGCAACUGCGACGGCGAUUUGUGCAACUCCGCGGCGUCCGUCUCAGUCGCAUUUGUUUCCAUGGGGUUCGGGUACUUGCUCUUGUUUUCACUAGCCAGUUUCUCAAGGAAACUUUAAUAGAACUCUGAGAGCUGUCGAUCAGUUUUUUUUUUCAACGAAAAAAGGCCGCCUUUCGUAAUCUAGAGUAAUUUUACCUGAAGGACUUUGUUUCUAUCGUUGUUUUCUGUCGGUCGUUGAAUUGAGUCGGACCUGAUCCGCGCAAUGAUUUUCGUGAUGUUGCUUACUUUUUAUGCGGUUUAAAUUUACAAGUUUUCCAAGAGAAUUUCGAAAACAAUCGCGGCCAAUUUUUAAUUUGUCGAUCGUGUCGGGAUCAAAUCGAAGCUUAUAUACAUGUGUUGUAUAUAGACGUGAGAAAUCAUAAUUACUUUCUGCUGCGUACCUCUAUGUGAGCAAUAAAUGCAAUCGGAAGUA